AUGAGUUCUGGUCCUAGACUUGUCAGCAAUGCAGCAGCCAGAAGGCUCUUAUUGCAAUCACACUCCCGCCUUCCCCAUUCUUCUCUCUUAGUCGCCUAUUCGCGAUCCAAAUUUGCCAGAGACCUUCCUCCUAAGCUCCAAGCGUUGGCAAUUCUUUUGCCUCAAAGAAAUUAUGCCACCGAAACGACCUCUCAUGGACCUGAUGGUGGACCGCCACCGGGCUUCAAUCUUGAUGAGGCAAAAAAACCCUUGCCAAAAGACGAGAGCCAGAAAAAGACAUUCUCACCAACGGCCUCGGAGCUGAAAAGGUCAAACGAGCAGCUCGACACCCCCAAAGCAGGAGCGACAAAGGUUGACAAGACAAAAGCUCUCGAAAAUGCCACUUUGAGCGAGUUGGCUACCGACAAGGCCGCGCAGACCAGUUCUACCACUCUGGCGAUCAAGAAGGAGGAGUCCAAAAAACUUACCAUCGGUCAGAAAAUCAAGAAGGAGUUGAUGCAUUAUUGGGACGGUACUAAGCUCCUGGCUGCCGAAAUUAAGAUUUCUUCACGACUUGCUUUAAAAAUGGCCGCCGGGUACGAGCUCAGCAGACGAGAGAACAGACAGCUCCAACGAACCGUCCAAGACUUGGGACGUCUGGUGCCAUUUUCUGUUUUCGUUAUCGUCCCCUUCGCCGAAUUCUUGCUCCCGGUGGCCCUGAAACUCUUCCCCAACCUUCUGCCAUCGACGUUUGAAGGCCAAAAAUCCCGUGAAGCCAAGGCAGCACAUCUAAGAGAAACCCGGAAGCAAGUUUCUUCCUUCCUUCGAAACACCCUCCGUGAAACCGGCCUCCCAGUUUCGGCUUUAAAUGCAAAGAAGGAGGAAUUCACCGAGUUUUUCCGGAAAGUUCGUGCCACCGGAGAGUCACCUUCAAGAGAAGACGUGAUCAAAGUGUGCAAGAUUUUCAAGGACGACUUGACCUUGGACAAUCUCUCCAGACCUCAACUUGUGGGCAUGUGCAAAUAUAUGAACCUGAACACCUUCGGAACAGAUGCCAUGCUCCGAUAUCAAAUCCGCCACCGCAUGAGACAAAUCAAGCGCGACGACAAAGCAAUUUCUUUUGAAGGAGUGGAUUCUCUAUCAGUCCCCGAAUUACAGAUGGCUUGUGCGUCCCGCGGUCUCCGAACCCACGGAAUGUCUCCAGGGAAGCUGAGAGAAGACCUUCAAAUGUGGCUGGAUCUCCGUUUGAAGUACAAUAUUCCCUCUACGUUACUAGUGCUUAGCAACGCAUAUAUGUACACAUCGGGCAAAGAUAGCGAGAUUGAUUCUCAGAUCGAUGCUCUUCAAGCCGUGUUGAGCAGCAUUCCUGAGGAGCUGUUCCAUGAAAUCGAACUGGAAGUCCACAAUGCCGAAGGUGCUGCAACGAACAAGCAACGUUUGGAGGUGCUCAAGGAACAACAAGAGCUUAUCGAAGAAGAGAACGAACAAGCUGAAUCGACCAAGGACGAGGAGGGCAAUACCGCGAGCAAAGGUGUCAAGGACGACAAGGAUAUCGAUGAAAACCCGAAAUCAAGGGUCGGCGCAGACGCGAAACUAAUGCAAUCAGAUGCCCCGAAGGAGGCUCAGGAGGUAGAGAAGGAUGUGACCGAACAAGGCAAGCGGAAGGAAGUGCAAAAAGAAUCGGAGGUCAAGAAGGAUUGA